CUGCAUAAAGUUUCCACCACAACAAAAGAACACCUUUAUUAAACCAAGUUCAAUGGUACGAUGGUCGAUGACACACAAAAAUGUCAACCGACUGGUGUAUAAAUAAAAGAAGAGGUUCGAUUUGAAUAUCAGAUUUACCUAAGAGGUGGUGUCCAAAGAACCUUUCAGUCAAGGUGCACGGUUACUUGAACAAAAGUUUACCGUUUGGAUAUUGUUCAAAUCGCGGUUAAGGAACAUACCAUCCGGUUUGCUUUUAUUCCGUAGACAUGAAGUGGAUUCUGGGGCCACUUUUUCUGUUCAUCACCUUGCAAAUUACUGAUGCGGACAAAUCACGAGUAGUUUGUUAUUAUGGCACGUGGGCCAUAUACAGACCUGAUAUCGGCAGUUAUGGCAUAAAUGACAUUCCUGCAAACUUAUGUACUCACAUAAUUUACUCAUUUAUUGGAGUUGACGACAAAUCAUGGGAAGUACUACUCAUUGACCCAGAGUUUGACAUCCAUCAAAACGGCUUCAAAAAUUUUACUGAUUUAAAGAAAACCAAUCCAGACGUUAAAUUGCAAGUAGCGGUGGGUGGAUGGGCUGAGGGUGGAGAAAAGUAUUCCGCUAUGGUUUCCCAGAAGUCGCGACGGGACAGUUUUAUUAGGAGCGUAGUUGAACUGAUGAAAAAAUUCAAGUUCGAUGGUUUCGAUUUGGAUUGGGAAUACCCCGGGGCAUCCGAUCGCGGCGGAAAGUUCUCAGAUAAAGACGUUUUCCUCUACUUUGUACAAGAACUCAGAAGAGCCUUCGAUAAAGAGAACCAGGGUUGGGAAAUAACAAUGGCAGUUCCGGUAGCCAAAUUUCGAUUGGACGAAGGUUACCACGUUCCCGAAUUAUGCGAAACGUUGGACGCUAUUCAUGCAAUGACGUACGACUUGCGAGGCAAUUGGGCAGGAUUUGCAGACACCCACAGUGCCCUCUACAAAAGACCACACGACCAAUGGGCUUACGAAAAACUAAACGUAAAUGACGGAUUAUUGUUAUGGGUUAAUUAUGGCUGUUCACCCAAGAAGCUCAUUGUCGGAGUUCCGUUUUACGGAAGAAGUUUUACUUUAAGUAAUAGCAACAAUAAUUACAAUUUGGGCACGUAUAUUAACAAAGAAGCUGGUGGAGGUGAUCCCGGACCAUAUACAAAUGCUACUGGGAUGUUAGCGUACUAUGAGAUCUGUUUGGAUGUGGACAAUAAGGAGAGCGGCUGGGUCAAAAAAUGGGACGAACAAGGAAUGGUACCAUACGCUUAUAAAGGAACGCAAUGGGUUGGUUACGAAGACCCACAAAGCGUUCAAAUUAAAAUGGAUUUUAUUAAAUCAAACGGUUACGGUGGCGCAAUGGUAUGGGCUAUCGAUCUUGACGAUUUCCGAGGAGUUUGCGGCCCGAAAAAUGUUUUGCUUCAUAUACUGCACGCCAACAUGAAAAGCUACGAAGUUCCCGAACCGAAAAUUACUACUACACCAAGGCCGGAAUGGGCCAGACCACCCAGCACACCAUCUGAAAGUGGAUCUGCGUCUCUUCCCACGACGUCGAAGCCAGGUCAGUGGAUCCCUGAGGUUUCUACGAAACCAGCAACAACCGAAAAACCUUCUUCGAUUUUAACAUCAACAUCGCAUCCAGUUCCAUCGGGUAUUUCAGAAUCUUCUCCUACUAGUGCUAUACCAUCAAACGAAGUAGAUUAUCCAGUUGGUUGCAAAGAUGAUUUUAUGCCCCACAAACAGUGUAAUAAGUAUUAUCGUUGUGAUCACGGUACACCAAAAGAGUUCGAUUGCGAGCUCGGAACGGUUUAUCACACCGUCAGCCAUAUUUGCGAUUGGCCUGCCAAUGCGGACCGGAAAGAAUGUAAAAAAGUCUGAUCUAUAGUAGUACUAGUAGUAGUAGAUUUUUAGUCAGUUUGUAGUGUAAGUUUUUUUUUAUUUUUGUACGCUUGUACUGCUUAUUUGCAGUGAAUUUCGACAUGUCGACAUUAAAAAAUAUAUAAAAAGAA